CAUACCACAAAACUGACUAGUUGCAUCACUGGACCAUCACUUGUGAAUUUCUGCUUUCCAGAGCUCUUAUUCCUGCAGAGAACGAGUUUGAGCCUCAUGGAAGAUAUGCCUUUAAGCCAUUCAGGUCCUCAAGGGACACACAGAUCAUCCUGGAAGCAAUGGUGCCUCUACUCAGUGAUAGCUCCUUUGCUGUUGCUUUUCUCCUUCAGUACACUAAUUCUCACUUUUCUUCCAUUCAAGACUGCCAGUGAACCCUGCAUAGCUAAGUUCGGACCAUCCCCUUUAAAAUGGCAAAUGACAUGUCCUAAGCUACCUUGUGUGAAUAAGACAGCGGAUGAGAAACUGGAAAUACUUCAGAAUGGCUUGUAUCUCAUUUAUGGCCAAGUGGCUCCCAACACAACCUACAAGGAACCAGCUCCUUUUGUGGUGCGGCUACGUAAAAACGAAGACAUCAUACAAGCUCUAACAAACAACUCUAAACUUCAGAAUGUAGGAGGGACUUACGAAUUGCACGCUGGGGAUAUUCUAGAACUGAUGUACAACUCUGACCAUCAGGUUCUAAAAAACCACACAUACUGGGGGGUCGUGCUGCUGGCAAAUCCGCAGUACAACCCCUAGAAACUCCUUUUGGCUUCCGCACCAUCUUUCCCACGUGGAGGGGUGCUGGUGAUUGCGUUGGAGGAGGCAGACUUUCCACACCUGCAGCUUGUCUGAGCAUACAAAUCAACACACAUAGAACCUCUCUGCAUGUGAGUUUUCAUCUCUCAAGCUUAUCCAAAAAAGACUCAGAGGACAGGCCAGAGAAAUUUGCUUACCGUUGACAUUGGGUCAGCAAAGAUGCUUUAUCAAUCCACGAGAAAUGACUGUGGGUCGCUUGAGGACAGAAGGUUCUCAAAGAGUCUGUGUCUAAUUCUUAAAUCCUUGGAUGGGAAAAAUGUCUUAUUGCCCUGGGAGCCUUACCUGGUGUGCAAAAAACAGAUCCAGGGCAGUGGCCUGGCCUUGUUCUCAUAUUCUUGGGCUGUUU